GUGCCCUUUGAUGUUCACGCUACCCUACUUGUCUUCUGCUCAAAAGCAGUAUUUGUUGCAGGCCGUGACUACAAUACUUUUUCUCGCUGAGGUCCUAUGUAUUUUUCUCUUUUUUCUUUCAUAAAGUUCGAGCCAGAAAUUGUGAGAAAAAUCACAAAAGUUUCUGACAGGAAAGUAGAAGUGUUUUUUUUUUUUCAAAGAAAAAAUGCCGCAGCUCAAUAGCGGAGGGGGAGAUGAUCUCGGAGCCAACGAUGAAAUGAUCGCCUUCAAAGAUGAAGGAGAACAGGAGGAAAAGAUUCAAGAGAAUGCGUUUACCGAGCGGGACCUGGCCGAUCUGAAGUCGUCGUUGGUGAAUGAAUCGGAGAUCAGUCAAAACUCACACCCGCCGGUGGUUAGAACAGGACAGCAGGAGGAGCAGAGAGUGUACGAGGAGAAGCACAGGGAGCACCUCGAACAUCUUGACGUACCAAAGCCUCAAGAUGGAGGGAUGUAUAAAGCACCUGCAUAUUCUGGAUACCCAUUCUUGAUGUUGCCAGAUCCCUAUCAUCCCAAUGGACAAGUGCCACCAUCUGCUAACAAAGUGGCAGUGGUGCAGCAGCCUCAUGGGAUGCACUCACUUACAUCACUUCUGCCAUACAGCAAUGAACAUUUCAAUCCCAGCUCUUCGCAUAUGACAUCAGAUAUGAGCCAAAAACCAGGUGUUCACAGACAUCAGUCUCAUGAUCUCCCAAGCUUCUAUUCCUUGCCUUCAGGAGGAGUUGGCCAAAUUGCCCCAUCCAUGGGUUGGCAAAGUCAGCCUGUCUAUCCACUCUCCUCGUGUGGCUUCAGGCAACCCUACUCCUCCAGUCUCACCAGCAACUCCUCCUAUUCCAGGUUCUCUCACUCGCUUAUUAUGGGGCCAUCUGGAAUGCACCCAACAGGAAUCCCACACCCUGCUAUAGUGCCCUCUUCAGGCAGGCAGGAGCAUGACCAGUUUGACAUUAAGCCUCAUCCAGAAUCAAAGAGGGAGAGAGAGCCAAAGAAGCCAGUCAUCAAGAAGCCUCUGAAUGCCUUUAUGCUCUAUAUGAAGGAGAUGAGGGCAAAAGUCAUUGCAGAAUGCACCUUGAAGGAGAGUGCAGCUAUCAACCAGAUACUGGGCCGCAGGUGGCAUGCUCUGACACGUGAGGAACAGGCUAAGUACUAUGAGCUUGCCAGGAAAGAGCGGCAGCUUCAUAUGCAACUCUACCCCAGCUGGUCUGCCCGAGACAACUAUGGCAAAAAGAAGAGAAGAAAACGAGACAAGCAGCAAGAUUCUGCCACAGAUAACUCUCUUGACUGUUCCUAGGAGAAAAAAGAAGUGCAUUCGCUACCUUCAAGGAGGACAGUGCGCCAGCCCCAAUUCUUCCGAUGGAAGUGCUGUAGAUUCACCUUCCUCUCCUAUUCAUCAUUUCACACACCCCACCUUUCCUGUAAACUGCCCCUUUCCUUUUCCCGAUGCUAGCAAUCUACAUUCACAGACUGGAAAAUAUCCUUACCUUCAACACUCAGUCCUCAUGAAUUCCCAAUUUUCUUCAGCAGGGCGAAAACAAAGACCAGAAUACACACCUGUGUAGACAAUAUCAUUAAACAAUGAGACCCAGAAAAUCUUCUGCUAUCAGUGUUUUCACUAGACACCUUAAAGAAAUUUAAAUGGUGACACCAGCUGGUGUGUGUAUCACAUUGCUAGCAAUGCAAUUGUAAAAACGUGUCAGUGAUAAUAAAGGGUUCAUUCAUUCAUUGAAAUGAUGGUAUUCCAUACCUAAUAUAAAACAUUUGCUUUUAUUUGUCAUUUUUCUUAUUCCUGUUUUUCCAUUUAUUUACACACUGCCACUUUCUGAGUGCUAUGUCUGGUAUAUUUCAUCGAAACGCCACAGUGUCAAAUAUGUUUCAAGCAACAACAAUAAAAAUGCUUCAUUUUGCUGUUUAUGUCGUCUGUCAGCAAUAAUAAGUAUUGAUUCUGAAUCUGUUCAGCCAUAGAAGAGAAAUGUGCAUAAGUUCUCAAGCUAUAAGGGAGAGUUAAUGUUGAAUUAAUGCAGUUCCUCAAAUUACUGUGCUUGUUUACUUCAUAUACAAUAAAGUUCUUUAUUUCCUCAAA